GCACUUUUUGCUUUCUCUUUAUAAUGAAUCUUUUUCCCUUUUGGCUUCUUUUAUUUGUGAAUUACUUUUAUUAAUUGGUUUGAAACUUCUAAGUGAAGUAUUUUGGUUAGAUACUCAAAUAUUUUAUACGUUGAGAAAGUAACCUUUGCCUUUUCCUCUACGGAGAAGUCAAUCAAGAACAGUUUGCCCCUUGCUUUUUCAUUUUUUCUCCCCAACUAUUGAACCUAAAGUUUGCAUUAUUGAUUCCCAAUCCUUUAAAAAGUGAAAUUCUUUGAUGCGCCCUACUUUGUCCUUCGAAAAGUAGGACUUUCUUUAUCAAGGGUCGUAAUAAUAUGUCAGGUUUAGUGAGAAGAUUACUAUAUUGAGAUCUGAAGGUCUUUAGAAAUCAAAUAGGCUGAAACCACUGUGUUAGGUAUGAAGCACUGGAUGAACCUUGGCUCAAUUCCUAUGAGGAAGCUAGGUGUGGUAGAGUCUGGGUUGAAGUUACUUCUUAUGUGUGAAUUUUUUCCCAAAAGAGAGGUGAAGUUCUAUUUCAGAUGGAAAUACUGACCCUCCUUUUUCCUGUAUAUUCCACACUCUCGUCAUCCAUUUCUUUUACAAAGGAUUUUCAUUGGUGGAAAUAAAAAGACAAAACCAGCUGUACUUCCAUUAUGAAAAAGUUGAUGAAGUUUACACAACAGGAAUUCAAACUGAAAUGUAGAUUAAUGAUCAUAUUUUGUUGAGGUCUCAACAAUGCUUCACAACAGUUCUUAGUCUCAGGCUACAAUCAACUGACCAUGCGUAAAUAUGCAAAAUGAUGAAGUAUAAACCAUCAUUCUUCUGAUGAUAGAUACAUGAUCUGUAAUUUUUGUUUGAAGGCAUUCGUUACUCAACCAGGAAAGCAUACAUUUAGUAUAUACCCAGCAUUACUCUAAUGAAGCUCCAGUCAUUUCCAGUGGUUAUUUCCCUUUUAGUCCUACUGCAUAUUCUUUCACCAACCAGCGGUGACCUAGACUCUGAUAGACAGGCCCUACUUCAUUUCGCUUCUGCUGUUCCACAUGUUCGGAAACUCAACUGGAACUCUAAUGCCUCAGUCUGCACUUCUUGGAUCGGCAUCACCUGCAGUGAUGAUGGAACAAGAGUGACUGCCAUUCAUCUCCCAGGUUUCGGAUUAUCGGGCCCCAUCCCAGGCAAUAGCAUUGGAAAGCUAGAUGCUCUUCGAGUCCUCAGCCUCCGAUCCAAUUACCUCAAUGGAAAUCUCCCUUCAGAUAUCCCCUCCAUCCCUUCCCUCCAAUCGCUUUAUCUUCAGCACAAUAACUUCUCUGGGAUGAUACCCACUAAUCUUUCCACCAAACUCAAUGUACUCGAUUUGUCCUUCAACUCCUUUCGUGGUAAUAUUUCACUCACAGAUGAGAACUUACCACGACUCACUGUGUUGAACCUCCAGUUCAAUUCAUUCUCUGGUGGAAUUCCUGACCUCAACCUCCCAAGGCUCAAGCUACUAAAUUUGAGCCACAAUAUGCUGAAUGGCUCAAUUCCCACGAGACUCCGGAAAUUUCCAAUUUCUUCUUUUUUGGGGAACUCUCUUUUAUGUGGACCUCCCUUGACUGAUUGCUCUGUGAGCUCCCCUUCUCCUUCUCCAAUUUACUUUCCAUCCCCACCAACUAUCCCUCCAAAGCAAGAAGGUGGUAAAAGUAAGAAGCUUGGGGCAGCUGCUAUCAUUCCCAUUGCUAUUGGGGGCUCUUCGUUUUUAAUUCUUCUAGUUUUAGUGUUCUUUUUCUGCUGUUUGAAAAAGAAAACCAGCAACGGCAGUAGGUCAUUGAAGGCAAAGGCUACCAACGGGGGGAGAAGUGCGAAGCCUGAGGACUUUGGAAGUGGGGUCCAAGAAGCUGAGAAGAACAAGUUAGUCUUCUUCGAAGGAUGUUCUUUUAAUUUUGAUCUGGAGGAUUUAUUGAGGGCUUCAGCUGAAGUUCUGGGGAAGGGAAGUUAUGGAACAGCCUAUAAAGCUGUUCUAGAUGAAGGGGUAAUGGUUGUGGUGAAAAGAUUGAGGGAAGUUGGGGUUGCAAAGAGGGAGUUCGAACAGCAAAUGGAGGUUGUAGGGAGGGUGGGACAGCACCCUAAUAUCGUGCCGCUCCGUGCUUAUUACUUUUCCAAGGACGAGAAACUACUAGUCUGUGAUCACUAUCCAACAGGGAGCUUGUCUGCUCUAUUGCAUGGAAACAGGGGCACAGGGAGAGUUCCACUGGACUGGGACGCUCGCGUGAAGAUCUCACUUGGAACAGCAAAGGGAAUUGCCCACAUCCAUUCUGAGGGCGGUGCUAAGUUCACCCAUGGAAACAUCAAGGCCUCAAAUGUACUCCUCACCCAAGAUCUUACUGGUCGCGUUUCCGAUUAUGGUUUGACUUCUGUAACAAACAUCCUAUCAACUAGAGGUAUCGGAUACCGGGCUCCAGAGGUGAUCGAAACCCGAAAAGUAACACAAAAAUCUGACGUUUACAGCUUUGGUGUCCUCCUCCUUGAGAUGUUGACGGGAAGGUCCCCACUCAAGUCUUCGGGUCACGAUGACGUGGUUGAUCUCCCGAGGUGGGUCCGGUCCGUUGUGAGGGAGGAAUGGACUGCUGAGGUUUUCGAUCCAGACCUAAUGAGGUUCCAGAAUGUUGAAGAAGAGAUGGUGCAAAUGCUUCAGAUUGCGCUCGCUUGUGUUACAAAGGCACCGGACAUGCGGCCCACAAUGGAUGAGGUGGUUCGGAUGAUAGAGGAAAUCCGGCAGUCGGAAUUGGAUAACCGGCCUUCGUCAGACGAUAACAGGUCCAAGGAUUCUAAUGUGAAUACCCCUUGAUUGUGAUGGAAUUUCUCUUUGGGACUGUCUCACGGCUUGUGGCUGUUUGUUCUUGGAAUUUGGUUUGGUUCGGGAGGAAGUGUAUGAAAACCUGCUGCUGUUGUUCGUUACCAGUAGUAAAUUAGUAAUGUGCAAUUUACGGGUUUUUUUCAGUGUAUUUGGUUUUUAGAUAUAUGAUCAAUUUGUCCACCACCUUCUUUGUUUUUUCUUUUCUUUGCUUUUUUUUCUUUUUUUUUUUUCCAUUUUUCCAAUGGAAUAUGGAGACAUUCUAUAAUUUCCUUGCUGCUGGUCGCAGGAUCAGUAUUUUUAAACUACAGUUGAACUUAAUUUCAGUACGAUCUAUUUCCAAAGUAA